AUGAGAACUCUCCUUCAAAACAGAGCCUUCAAAGGCAUGACGCUCAAGAGCCCUAUGGGAUGCGACACCUUCGUUGCCUUGUAUCCAGCCACACCAAAGGGAACGGUCGUCUUUGGAAAGAACAGCGAUCGUCCCGCCGGAGAAGGGCAAUCCAUUCAAAGAUAUCUGGGCCAAGAAUACUACACUGUUGUUGAUGACCAAGAAGAAAGUAGUAGCAGCAGCAGCAGCAGCAGCAAGAUGUAUAAAGACAAACCCCAAUGCCAAUGCACCUACAUUUCCAUUCCACAAGCUCCCAAGACACACUCCGUGCUACUCUCUCAGAUCGAUUGGAUGUUUGGAGCCGAGCAUGGAACCAACGAACAUGGCGUGGUCAUUGGAAAUGAAGCGGUUUGGACCAAGGUGGAAGAUGAAGACCUAGAAACGAAAAGGCUCUUGGGUAUGGAUUUGGUGCGAUUGGGAUUGGAACGUGGAUCCACUGCCAAGACUGCCAUGAAUGUCAUCACAUCCUUACUGGAGGAACAUGGUCAAGGAGGGCCAUGUGCAAAAGAUGAUGAUUCGCUUGUUUAUCACAAUUCGUUCUUGAUUGCUGAUCCAAGUGAAGCAUGGAUUGUGGAGACGGCAGGGAGGCAUUGGGUCGCCAAGAACAUUCAGGAAGGAACAAGAAACAUAUCCAAUACGCUGACAAUUCGUACCGAUUAUGAUUUGCACUCGAAAGGAUUGAAAGAAUAUGCACUGCAAUCUGGACUACUGAAAACGAACACCAAGGGCAGUACCAAUACAGAUGUAGAAGAAAAGUUGGAUUGGGCAGCAUGCUUUGGUGAUGGAUGUAUCGAGGAAUGCGAAUCCCCUUAUUCCCGUCAAACCUGUGGUGGGAAACUACUGGAAAAGUAUGAUGGUACUCAAAAUCUGGACUACAAGGCGAUGAUGGAGAUCUUGCGGAAUCAUGACGCUGGAAUAUGCAUGCAUGGUGGGUUCGAAACGACGGCAUCCAUGGUCAGCGUUUUGAAGUCUAAUGGCGAUCACCAACACUGGAUGCUGGACAAACCGCAUCCUUGUAAACAUGAACAUGAACUGCAACCUAAAAUAUGA